AUGAGCAUCCCGUUGGCUGCGAAUUUGAAAAUACUGAAAUUAAAUGGGACGAAUGUGACUAUGUCGAUCGUGCGAAAUCUUUUGGCCAAAACACCAGAGCUGAAAGAGUUACAUUUAACGGACAACGCAUCUGUGAUUUCGUUACGAAAAAUGUUUCCGAAUGUAAAAUCGUUUUUUAUGUCAGAAAAUCCUAUUCGGUCAACAGUAAUCGAACUGAACGCGGAUAGUAAAAAUUACCUCAAUGGAAUUCGUAUGCUGUGUUUGAAUCGAUGCUUGAUUGACGAUUGGAGUUCGAUCGAGUGCUUAGCGAACAUCUGCACACUGGAGGAUCUACGACUUGCGUCAAUACCUUUGUGGAAUACGCUUAAAGAGGAUGAAUAUUUUCAUCUUGCUGUGGCACGGAUCCCGCAACUAAAGUUCUUCAAUGGGUCCUUAAUUUCGGAGGACCAGCGACAUCAAUCGGAAGUGUUUUUCAUACGAUAUUAUGUUGACUGUGAAACGAAGCCAAAAGUUUUCGCACGACUGGUCGAACGGCACGGACUUGUGGGUGUCGGGGAAAAUCGCGUUAAUUAUGAUAUGACACCCAAAAGGCAUGCCCUAGUCGUCGUCAAGUGCGAAGAGACGGGAUAUAGCGAUAGUGUGAAGAUACGUUUGGCGCAAACAGUUAUGGAGUUGAUGCAAGUUUUUGAAAAAUUAACGAGCAUCUCUGCAGAGCGUAUGCGACUCUUUCAUAUUCCUGCUUCCAGUCAUUUCCCGACAGAAUUGCGUUUGCGAAAUCAGAAUCUCCACUCAAUGCGCAUUGAUGAUGGUGAUCAGUUUCUCGUUCGGGUCGGAAAAUAUUUAUUAUAA